AGUAUAAAAUAUGAUAUUGAUAAAUUUGAGCUAUUAUUUUUGUCCUCAAUUACCACUGAAUUAUUUGAAAAUACUAAUGUUAAUAGUGAUAACUCAUCAGAACUACUAAAUAAUAUGAUGAAGUUAAAUAAUAAGGAUAUGUCAAAUCAAAAUGAGAUGAUACCAUCCAUAAAGUUAAUCGAAUAUAUAAACAAAGUAUUUUUGUAUGAUUAUAUAAACUCAUGGUGCGAUGAAAUAGUCUCAAAUUCAAAGUAUAUUCCUUCUAUAAUUAACACAUCGUAUUCUUCAUCUAAAAAUUUCGAUAACGAAAACGAUUCUGAUGCAUUUGAAACGUCGAUGGAUAAUUUUAGCUUUUUAAAUAUUAGUUCUAACCACAACAAUGAAAAAAUUAUUUAUCAAAAAGAUAAGACAAGUUUGAAACCUGAUUCUCGUAAAACGCAAAGUUCACUGUUCGAUACAACCGAAUUCCAGAUCGCCGAGAGAAAAAUUUACGAUCUUAAAGAGUUUAUAAACCAAAAUGCCAAACAACAGGCAAUAAUUCGACAAAAUAAUUUGGAAUCACUAAAUGAUGAUACCGAUCUAAAUGAGGACGAUGUCAAAGCAGACGAUGAUUACGAUAUUCAAAAAAAUCGUUUGGGCUCAUUUUACAAACUUUGUCUGAAAGGCCACGAAAUUUUGGAAUCUUCGCAAACGACUUUGAAAGAAACUUUGAAAGAGUUCAUAAAUAAUCAAGAGAAUAAAUUCCAAACUCAAAUAUCCCAAGCAAACGCUUUAAUAGAGAAAGAAAAAGUUUUAGAAUGGGAAAUUACACGAGCAAUUUAUCGAGAUAAGCAGACGAUACAAGAUUUCAAAAACGAUUUUUUGCAAGCGCAGAAAUUACUUAAAUCGAAAAAAAGUUAUUUGUGUAGCAAGCGGAAACAGCUGAUGGCGUUGGAAGAUAAGAUAUUUGGAGGCAGAAAUGAUUCUAGCAAGAUAUCCAGGAUGGUGGACGAAUAUUUAGAGAUCCAGGCUAGGAUUGACGAAUUUAAUUUAAAGAGUUCCUAUUCUUAAAUAAAAAUAUUUAUUUUAAACUGAAUUUUAAUGACAAUAUUAUAUAUAAAUUAAAUAAAUAUUGACAUUUUAAAAUAAA